AUGCAGAUACUAACGUGGGGAAAAUUGAGCAUAGAAAUCACCACGAGGUAUACCGAAGUAGAUUCGCAAAAGUUGCCAAGUAUGAGCCAAAAUGAUAUGCAUCAGGUGGAUGCUGAUACACAGUUGGAUAUUUUGCCCAUGGUUGCAGCCCACUCCCAGCAUAAGGAAGGUGAAGAUGGACGAGAAAAUGGCCAGAAAGAUGUCUAUUCUCAUCUAUACAUGAAAGCACACCUUCCCAAAACCAUCCAGUAUGUGCCGCCACUCAACUUUUCAUUGGUAGAAGAUGGGAUUUAUCGCUCAGGAUUCCCAAUGCCCAUUAAUUAUCCAUUUUUGGAGCGAUUGGAAUUGAAGACUAUAAUAUAUUUAGGUGAUUUGGGCCAGGAAAAGAAGGAGAAGAAGCAAAAGAAGGACAAGGAAAAAGAAAAGGAAAAGGAUAAGAACACCACAUUGGAGGUUCUUGCAAACUACAAGCAGUGGAUAGACUCCACUGAUAUCACUUUCCACCAUUUAAUGAUGGAAUCAUCUCAAGAACCAUUUUUGAACCAAGAUAGAAUAAAACAAGCCCAGGAAUCUCUCACCACGGCACUACAAUUGAUGCUUGAUCGCAACAAUUUUCCCAUGCUCAUCCAUUCGAAUAAGGGGAAGCAUCGUAUAGGCGUACUUGUGGGUCUUAUGCGUAAGAUUCUCCAAGGUUGGUGCAUGAGUGGUAUCUUUGAAGAAUACGAGAAGUUUGCCAUGGGCAAGUCGGAGAUAGAUUUGGAAUUUAUUGAAUUGUGGCAACCUGAGCUCUGGGUCGAUGAUAAAUGGCGGCCCGACUUUGUCAGGUGCUAG